AUGAUGGAUAAUAGUUCUUUCAACGUAAAGCUAGAAGAUAUCUCUGGAAUGAGGUUAUCCAAAAAAGCAAUUUUGACAUCAAAAUGGGCACUGUCAAUGGAAGUAAUUGAAGAGCUAAUAAAAGAUCUCUCACAAUAUAAAGAAGUCGGCACAAAAGAUUUCGUCACUAUGAGAGAUGAAAUUAAUAAUGCAUUGAAAGGUUAUAAUGAUGCAAAAAUUAAUUUGAAAAACUGAAUAGCGCUACAAGACAAAAUUACAGGUAUAAGCAUUGAGAGAAAAUUAUUGGAUGCUACGGCUGAAAUUAACAAGAACUAUACAAUUAAAAGUAAAGUUUGGCAGACAGAAACUGUAGAAACAUCCUAUCACAAUACACUUUGCUCCAGGUGCAAUACCUUAUGCCACGAGCGGUGCGGUCUGCAAUAUACUAUAAACACAAACGCGAAUAUAUUUACUGGCUGCGCUUGUAUGGAUGAUGUAAAAUGCAAUGUUUGUAGUUGCGACUAUACUGUCCAUUUUCACGAUAAAAAGAAGCCUGUAAGAGUGGAAAAAGAAAUCACAAGCGUAUUAGCUGGUAUGAAAGAGAAAUAUGAGGUUUCGACCAAAAAUUACGAGAUAAAAUCAAAAGAAGAAUCCAAGUGCAUAUUGGAGAGUGAGGAUUGCAAUAAUAAAGUUAAAUCAGCACAGCAAAAGAUAACUGAAUCAGUAAAAAGACUUUUAGUUGUCAACCCAGAUUAUAACAUUUUGAAUGAAAUUGAAUAUGAUAUUAAAAAGAACCAACAUGAGCUAGAUAAUGAGAAAGAUAUGAAAAUCAGAACUGAAAAAAAUAGCAUAAUAAAGGCUUUAACAGAAAUUGCUCACUCAAUCUCAUCAUUAUUUAAGUAA